UUAGGUUGUACGUGCGCUACGUAUUGCGUGAUCGAUCGCACGUUGCAUUUCGCGUCCUCGAUCGAGAAAGCGCGAUCAGGUGGAGAUCGUCGGCACGAGCGGCAAAAAGGACAAGGGAGGAAACACUGACGAAGACUGUGAGGAACGCAGGUUGACGACAUUGGCCACGACAGCACGGCACUCCUCGCGAACAGUCGCGAACAUGUCGGCUGCUAAAUGCAUUUUGACAGUCGACACUUAGGUCGGUCAGCAGUGAAGGGAAAAAGAGGAGGAUCCUUCAACGCAAAUUCGCGGCCACACGAUCGUCGCCCCGGAGGAUGUCAUGUACGUCAAUCGUGGCAUAAAACAUGAGUUGGUUUGAUGCCACAGGGUUUGCCAAUUUGGCAAAGUCCGCUCUGAAAGGAGCGCAGAAGACCAUAGACAAGGCUUUGGAUAUCAAGGAGGAGGAACCGAAGGUGAUUCAGUCGCAAACAGAUGAGUCUUCAGAUUUUUUCGCGAGUUGGGGGUUGCAGACUGAACAGGAUACCAGUAAACGCGACAGUAAUUCACAGAAGCAACCAAACACAAGCAGUAUUUGGGGUAGUUUUACAGGUUCGUUUUUCGAACCUUCAAAGGUUGUAGAUGGAAAUGGUUGGAAGACCGUCAAGCAUUCCAAGUCCCUGCAAAGUACCUCCAGUCAAGAUGAACAGCAACAAAGCAUGGUGUCUUCUACUUCCGCCCCUGAAAAAUUGGCGACGAAAGACUCAAAAUCCACGAUAGCAAAGAGUGAAUCUGUACAUAAAGAGGAUAAAGAAGAGUUUAAUGCUAUCAGCGAAUCUGUAAAUACUAAUCGUAGCAUGUCUAAAGAAUCUGAUGAUAAAAUUGCAUCAGAAUCUUGUACGUUGUCAGAACAGUCAUCUCUGGACAAUGUUGUUUCUAUUAGUACUGAUAAGAUUGUAACUAAAAGUGCCAGUUUAGACUUGGAGCAAGUGUACUAUGCAGCAACGGUAGAUAGUACUGACAGUGAUUCUACGACGAGCACCAAUGAAGAGGAAGGCCAAUGCGAAGUAGUAUCGGAAAGCAACGAUAUUAAUCUUACGUUAAGUCCUACUAAUGUGUUCCAUAAAGUACCUCAUGUUUCCUUGGAGAGCGAUAAAAAGAGCCUGGAGAGCGUGGAGAUACUUGGCUCGCAAUCCAAUACCGAUUGUACCACCACACCGGAAUCGGAUCUUAAUUCCGUUACUAAUUCAUUAAGUCCUUCCGUCGUCGACAUCAAAGUGAAUUCCGAAUCAGUCGAGAUACUGCCAGACAGUCUUGUAACGUCGCCGAGCUCCGUGGAGAUCCUAGGGGAUUGGAAGAGCGACAGCAGUCCUUUUUUGUCUCCAAUAGAUUCAAAGAAUUUAGAGUUGUCUCCUAUUUUGGAUGGAAACGAAUGCGCCACACCAUGCGUAGACACCGAUACGUUACAUCUGCCAAAAGAUCAAUUCGCAGAAGCUUCAUCAUCCGAUAUCUCUCCAUAUGAAUCUCCAAUGGAAGAAGUCAAAACGUUGAAUGUCAGUCCUUACAGCAUUGACAGUACACCGUCACCCAGCGCGUUCUCUAGCUUUGACACUAAUAAAAGCUUGUCACACGCAGCAGACAGCUCGAAAACUUCCCCCGAAAGCGUCGAGGUAAUACCGGAUAUAGAUGAGCCGGACGAAGUGAGUUUGGCUGAAGAUUCUUAUACUUCGGCUUCCGAAAAUACAGUCAUGACGGUACUUGAGCCAUUACAACAAUUGGACAUGGUCAAGAAUAAAAUGGAAUUGACUGAUAUGAAUGUGAAGAUACCUAUAAAGAUGCAUGAUUCGUGUCCGGAUGAUAGGCAAACUUCGGUAAAAACUUCUAUAGAAAGCAAGUUAAAUUUGAGUCUUGAUUCGUUAAAAGAGAAACACAAUUUGCAUCUGACGCUCGAGCCGAUUACCACACAACCAAUUCGUAAAUUGGACCAUUUAGAGGGAGUAAAUGAUAAACCUGAUGUUUCCACCUUUUCCCAAUUAAUGAGUACCACUAUAGAGCCGCCGGAUCCAGACAGUCAAGUCGAGAACGUCGAAGAAACAAAGAUGACUGAGAGUAAUACUGAUCAGUAUUUAAUGUCUACUGAUUCGAGCAGAGAAGGUACUUUAAUAGAGAGCAGUUCAGAGGAUAACGCGACGUUAAUCUGUACAAACGAUUCCAAAGUCUUAGAGACCCCUUUGACUACUAGUUCUUAUGUGAAAACUAUGCUAGCUGAUGCUAUGGUCGAGAAAAGUGAAAUACUCGAUAUGGAGUCCCAUUGCGCAGAAGUACCGCGAGAAAAUUCACCUAUAUCGUCAGAAAGCCGUUCCGAUCUGGUAAAAAUAGGAUCUGAUCAAGCCAGCGGACAUACGAGCGGAGACGAAUUAGAAACUACAACAUCGAGCGAUAUUGAGAUAAUAUCUAGUCCUAAUGGAGAUUCGAGUUCGACCCAAUCGCGACAGAGUCCAGCAAAACUGCAAUUGAGUAAGGGUGGUGAUUUGCUAACGAAAACUUUAAAGACCCGAGGUCAUUCUCGAGAAUUAAGCGAAAUCAGCGUAGGAUCGGAUGAAGCAAAUAUGGAAAUUGAAAAACUAUUGAAACGUAUACAGGAGAUGACCGAAAUUUUAGAAGCAAGAGAAUCAAAGUUGAUUGACGUGAGCAGAAUGAAUAUGGAACUACAUGAGCAAAAUGCAAAUUUAAUGAAACAACUUGAGAAUUUUGAAAAACACGCGGAGCAAAAUCAAAAUAUAAAUCAAAUCACAGAUGAAUACACGCAACGUUUGUCGGCAUUGGAGAGGAAGUUUCAGCAAGCGAUAAGGGAACGCGAUCAAUUGAGAAAAAAUUUAGAUCAGUUGAAGUUGGAAGCGGCAUCACGUUUAUCAUCGCAGGAGAUGUCUAAUAUAAAUGCGGAAAAGGAUGAGAUCAUAAAGGAGCUUCGCGAGGAAGGCGAGAAACUCAGCAAGCAACAACUUCAACAUAGCAAUAUUAUAAAAAAGCUGCGCGUAAAAGAAAAAGAGACUGACGCGACGAUAAAAAGUCAAAAAGAGCAAAUAGAGGAACAAAAUACGGAAUUGGAGAGAUUGAAACGGUCGUUGCACGCGAAGGAGGAGGUAGAGCGCAGUCAAAUAGAAGCCGUUCAUAUGCUAACAGCAAAAACAAAGAAACAAGAGAAGGAAAUACUAACGUUACAAGAAAAAUUGGAUAAUACGAUGCAUAAGAUGGAGGCUUAUAAGAACAGCUUGGAAGCUGCCAAAGUGGAAUUAGCAGAAACAAAGAAAAAAUUGCUAGCCACUGAGGAGGAAUUGAAAGAAGCCGUAGACAAUGCGGGUGAGUCGUGCCAGUUAUUUGCACAAGUGGAGGAUUUAAAAUUGAAAUAUCGUCAAGCUGAAGAAGCUCAUGUCAAGAGGGAAGAAUUUUUUAAGUACGAAAACAACGAAUUACUUAAACGAUUAGAAGCCGCAGAGGCCAGAAGUGAAGAAUUAUCCGAAUCAGUCUCGAUAGCAACAAAACCUUUAUUAAGACAGAUAGAACAACUUCAAGCGAACUUAUUACAUAAAUCCAAUAGUUUCAUGAAACAGGAGAAGGUUUUAUCAGAGAAAAAUAUUGAAUUGCAAUCUAAAGUCGAGAAUUUAAUCGAGAUGGAUCGUCUUCUGAGAGAAGAGAAUGUUAAUCUGAAAUCCAAAGAAUCGCAUUUAGAAUCAAAGCUCAAUGUAAAAGAGAAGGAAAGAUCGAAAUUGCAGGAAUCGCACGACACAUUAAAAGAGGAAAACGAGAAAUUGUUAGAGCAAAAUAAAGAACACCAAAGUACAAUAAAUACUCUCGAGCAGUCACAUUCCAGUCAUGUGCAGGAAUUGAAGAGAGAGAUAAACGCGCUGGAAAAUAAAUUAGCCGUAGAGAAGGCAGCGACUGAUGCAGAACGAAGGAGAAAUAAUGCAAUAUUAGAACAGCAACAAAAUACUGACGAAGAAUCACGAUUUAGCCCUACUCUCAGUAUAGGACAAGAAUCUGUCAGUAGUGCGAAUAGUGCCUGGCCAGGUUUUAGCGAUUCAGUAUUUGAUAAUAAUUCUGGCAGAUUUCCUCCAAUACCAUAUGAGAGCAUUAUAACGAGUUCGAGUAGUACGUCGAUUUUCGAAAACUUGCAAGCACAAUUGAAACAAAGAGAUGGUGAAAUACAACAACUUCAGUGGGAGUUAUCUCGACGAAACGCAGAGAGGGAUGCUCUGAAUUCGGAAUUGGCAACGUUAACUUUGAAGGUCGAGGAUUUGAGCGUCAGCGUUGCGGAAACCCAGGCACUCAACGAAAAUCUUAACGAAACACAAACCAGAUAUGACGCGUUGUUGCAAAUGUAUGGCGAGAAGGUUGAGGAGAAUCAGGAAUUACGACUGGACCUUGAAGACAUUAAGGAGAUGUACAAAAUGCAAAUUGAUCAACUUCUAAAGCGGCAGAAUUAACUUCGCUAAAUGAAAAAUUUUCAGAAACGAAAACUUACGUGCAGCCUAACAAUUCUCUACGAAACUUUAAUUACACACACACGCCCUUCAGAACCACGUUUUAUCACAUAAUCAUUUCGUCUACUUCUAGCAAGAACUGGCGUAUAACGAAGUUUUAUAGCAGACAACUUUAAUAAUACAUGUAGUUUGGCGUAGGAGUAUAUUUAUAUUAUCUAACGUAAACGUGCCGCGGAAAAAUUUGUGAUAAAGGAUUUAGAAGCUGAUGAGAUUUUGAAAUUCUUUCUGUGAAAAUUAUAUAUAUAAAUAUAUUUAAUGAAGAUUGAAUAUGAGAAAGAUCUAAAAAGUGUCAGAGGUAUCAAAAUAAUACAUUGUUUUUAUCUUACGUAUUAUUGUUAAAGUUAUUAUUGUGUAUAGUUACAUGUAUUAUUGUUUCACAUAUAUUUUAAUUUUUAUUUAAUAUCAGGGAAGAUCAUGUGAUAUUGGAUUGUAUUAUAUGAAAUUUAAAUACGAUACAACAUGUAAAUAAUGUAAUGAGAAAAUGUACUUUUUGUCAUUUAAAUAUAGUAAUAUAAACAUUA